AUGGCCUCCAGAGGUGGCAAACAGUAUGGUCUUGCCCUUCAGAUUCAUAACUUCAGAACAGCCUUGGUCCAGUUUGAAAAACUGAUUGAGCAGACCAUAGCACAGAAGAAAGAUGAGAGAGCAGGCUUGUUCAUCCAAAAGGAAGAUACAAUCGAUUAUGAAAAGUUCUAUUCAUCGGUGCAGCAGCUCUUUGGUCCAGAAGUGAAAAAUCAAGAUGUGAAAUGUUUCUACAGGAAAUUGUGCAACAACCCUGAUGCAUCUGUGGACUGGUGUGAGAUCUUUGGAUACUUCUCCUCUGAAGAUGAUUACCUUUCUUCCCAGAUGGAUGAAGAGAAUAUGGUUUUCCUUGUGUCCAGAAAACAGAGAAUUGUGAUUUCAGGAAGUAGAAGACGGGAUGUGAUCAAGUGCAUUGUCAAGGUUCCUCAGUUGGACUUACUGAUAACUGCUUCUCAGAAAGGAUUAAUCACAGUCUUCAAUAGCCAGAUGAGAGUUCAGACCAGCACAAAUAUAACAGAUACCUCCUGGAUUACAGGAUGCGACUACCUUGCCCAGCUGAAACGAAUUGUUGCCACCACAGAAAGGACCAUUAUUGUCUGGGAUUAUAAAGCUCAAGGGAACAGCCAGGAGCACUACUUCGUCAUAAAGCCCAUGGACCACUGCCUCCUGUGUGUGUGUGUGGUGCCUCUGUCGGAGCAGCUCUGUAGGGAUGACAUCCUCUUGGGAGAUGAUGGUGGGUUUGUGAACAGAUUCACAGUAAGCAGUGAUGACUUUGGACUAAAACAGGCAAAAAACAAGAAGAAACUUCAAAUGCAGGUCUUAGACUCCAAGAACUUUAAAAGUGUUAAAAGGAAGCUACAUAACGACUGGGUUAUGAAGAUUAGAUAUAUUCCAGCCCUAAACUGCUUUGGUUCCUGCUCCUUGGACAGCAUUCACUCAUUAGUCUUGGAGUCCUUGAAGAGACUUGAGGAUAAUAUGCCUGUCAGAGAAUUUGCCAUACCAAGAGGAGCGAACACUUUCUGCUACUGUGUAAAAGCAAAUGUGAUUGUCACUGGAGGAGAUGACAAAGUCCUCCGGCUGUGGCACCCCAACAUCAGCACCAAGCCAGUCGGGAAGCUGGUGGGACACAUGUUCAGCAUCACUGAGAUUGUGGCCAACGAGAAAGAGCAGCACAUCAUCAGCCUGUCCUCCGCAAAGGUAUUCCGGGUGUGGGAUAUCCAGACUCUUUCUCUGUUACAAAUUUUCCAUGACAGCCAGGGAGGACCAGGAGACAUGCAGAUUUAUUCCAUGGUAUAUGAUGUUAAUCACGGCAUGCUGAUUACAGGAUCGACUGUCGUAGACAUGUACCCCUUGACGAGGAUGAUACAAGACACAAAGCAGGUUCCUCAUACUCAUGAACGGGAGAUCAACGUCAUGCUCUACAACAAACAUUUCCACCAAGUCCUCACUAUCUGCUCAGAAUCCAUAAUCAAGGUAUGGGAACUUGAGACUGGCCUCCAAAUAUACCAGAUUCUAGACCCUCAUGGCUUCAAUAUUGAACUGACUUCUGCAGCUAUCAAUGAAAGCGGAUUUCUUUUUGCCACGGGAGCAUAUAACGGAACCAUUAAGGUGUGGGACUUCGGCAGCGGGCAGGAGAUGAAAGCGCUGCUGGAGGGCAAGGACUGGAGGGAGGAGGAGCACUGGAUGCUGCGCCUCGUCUUCCUCAAAGCCCAGGCGAAGCGGCAACUCCUGAUCCUCGCCCUGGAGCGCAGCGGGGCCAUCAAAAUGAUCCAGGGCAAGGAAGACGACAUCUACCUCACGGUGAUAUGGGAGCUGCCGGACGCCGUGUCUUACCUCCAGUUCUGGAACCACACUCUGCACCUGAGGACGGUCACGAGAGACAGGCCUAUGCCCAUUCCAUUCCCAGAUGUUGAGCUAAUCCUUAAUAAGAGCCUCUCUCAACAUGCUAAUACUCCUACCAUCAACUCUGAGGUAAACUGCAUUGCUUUAUUCCAAACAGAGGAAUAUAAUUUGUUAGCUGCUGGAACCUUAAAUGGCAUGAUCAUCUUAUGGAAUUUUAUAGCAGCUACUGUCAAAGAUAUACAUCGACCUGAAGACACCUUCAUCGUGGAUCCCGAUUUGGAUCCCAAGCGCUUUAGAAUCAACGACAUACUGUUUCUCUUCCGUUCUCCUGAAUGUACAAGGAGAUCAAGUCAGGAUUCCGUAUGCUCUUCAACUCAAUGUGGUUCAAGCAAGGGUCCGCAGAGUAGCAAGGGCAGCAAGCAAAGCAUACAUGACAGCGAGGGGAAAGGUGAGCAAACAGAUAAACAAGCCGAGCAAAAUCCAGAGAGCAAACGACAUUCCGUACCUGCCAACAUUACAGAAGACCAGCCUCCAAUCCUGGUCACUGCCCACGAGGACGGACACCUCCGCUUGUGGACCAUAGAGGGAAACCUUCUGAAAGACAUCCUGCCCUUCACAAAGCACUCAGCCAUUUCCCUGACAUCGCUGUACACUGACUCCUGCUCCAGGAUACUGCUGGCUGGAAACGUGGAAGGACAUGUGAUUCUUUGCAGUAUUAGCUCCUUCCUGGAUCCACCUCAUGAUGAAAAGAAAUUUAAGCAGCUGCUUUCGUGGCGUGCUCAUUCCUUAGAAAUCAUUCAAGUGAGCUAUGUGGAAGAUAAGCAGCUGGUGCUGACGGCCUCCAUUGAUGGCUCUGUGAGGCUCUGGCAUUCACAAGGUGGUCAUUACUGUGGAUAUUUUGGACAGCGAAGAAUGUUUGACUUAUUACAAACAAGUGACUUCAUUUUGCCUUGUGACGUUAGUGAACUUCCCGUAGAAAUAAAAGAAGAAAGCAAGUUCACGGAAAAGAAGCAAAAAUAUGAAUAUCCUUUGGUAUUUGACCGGGAAAGAUGGAAAAAAAUGAGCUCAAUGUCUCUGCUUUUCAAGCGUACACCUCCCAAGGCCUUCGAAGUAGAACAUAAUUUUAAGUUUUUCAAGUCUCUUUCUUCUCCUAAGAGUCGCAGGUAUGCCUUGGACGGUUCCAUAACUGAAAACAGAGAGGCUGGGGUUAUCUUUGGUUCUCUGCCCAUAUAUAGGGUACCAAGCCCCACCAGCUUGAGAUUCCUCCCACUCAUUGGUUCUGAAGCACAAAGAGACUCAGUAGAUGUCAUAUCAGGAAAGAAGAGGGGCGCCCACGUUCAGCAUGAGAAAGCAUCACGGAGGAAGAGUUUGAAGCGAAACUUAGUCCCGCAAAUAAAUCUGGCUUCUUCCUUUUUCCCAGCCAUGCCCAAGUAA